AUGGAUCAAUUACCCGAUCCGACCAUCGACCUCGACUGGUCUGGUUAUGUCGGCUCAAUCCACGAGCGCUUCCGCGCAGCCGCUGAGUCACACCCAGACCGAACCUGCGUGUUCGAGACGAAGUCAUCCACCAGCCCCGAGAGGCGCUUCACCUACCGCCAGAUCUACGAGGCCUCGAAUAUCACCGCGCGCUACCUCCGCGAGGCGGGCGUCACAAAUGGCGACGUCGUCAUGAUCUGGGCCCACCGGUCCGUCGACCUCGUCAUUAGUUUGAUGGGCACCUUGACCGCUGGAGCGACAAUGGCGGUCCUGGACCCGGCAUACCCGCCGGCGAGGCAGCAGAUUUACCUCGAGGUCUCGCAGCCGCGUGCGCUGAUCAAGAUUGGUAGCGCGACGGACGAGAAUGGACCGCUUGCCCCGGUGGUGCAGAAGUAUAUCGACGAGCAGCUUAACCUCAAGACUGUGGUUCCUGAUCUGCGUCUUCUUGACGAUGGAACUCUGUCUGGAGGUGAAGUCGACGGCAAGGAUGUAUUCCAUAACGUUAGAGAGCAUGCGUCGACGCCGCCUGAUGUGAUCGUGGGCCCGGAUUCGAACCCGACACUAUCAUUUACCUCGGGAAGCGAAGGCCGCCCCAAGGGCGUCCUUGGUCGCCAUUACAGUUUGACUAGAUACUUUGGCUGGAUGGCGGAGCGCUUCCAGCUUUCAUCGGAGAGCAAGUUUACUCUGCUUUCUGGUUUGGCUCACGACCCGAUUCAGCGCGAUAUCUUCACACCGCUAUUCCUGGGUGCACAAUUGCUGGUCCCGUCAAGGGAAGAUAUCCAGCACGAGAAGCUCGCCGAGUGGAUGCGCGAACACAAGCCUACGGUUACUCAUCUCACCCCAGCCAUGGGUCAGAUUCUAGUUGGAGGUGCAACGGCAGAGUUCCCGUCCUUGGAGCGUGUCUUCUUCGUUGGUGAUGUGUUGACGAUCAGGGACUGCCGCGCCCUCAGACGACUUGCUAUUAAUGCCAACAUCAUCAACAUGUAUGGAACCACCGAGACCCAGAGAGCAGUCAGCUACUAUGAACUUCCGAGUCGCGCGAAGGAUGCGGAUUGCUUAGAGAAGCUCAAGGAUACUGUCCCAGCUGGAAAAGGCAUGGAGAAUGUCCAGCUCCUGGUUGUGAACAGGGAAGACCGAAAUAAGCUUUGUGGGGUUGGCGAGGUUGGUGAGCUAUACGUCCGCGCGGCCGGUCUGGCCGAAGGCUAUUUGGGGGAUCCAGCUCUGAAUGAGACGAGGUUCUUGAUGAACUGGUUCGUUGACAACGAGAAGUGGGUGGAGGAGGACAAGAAAAUAAGCAAGGAUGAGCCGUGGAGGCAAUAUUACAAGGGGCCUAGAGAUAGGCUUUACCGCACAGGUGAUCUCGGACGGUACAUGGAGUCGGGUGAUGUUGAGUGUACAGGUCGUGCAGAUGACCAGGUCAAGAUUCGUGGCUUCCGUAUUGAGCUGAACGAUAUCGACAGCAACUUGAGCCAGAACGCCUUGAUCCGGGAUUGCAAGACGCUUGUUCGAAGGGAUCGUAACGAAGAGCCAACACUGGUCAGCUAUAUCGUGCCAGAGUUGGCAGAGUGGCGCCGUUGGUUAGCUGCAUCAGGAGUGGAGGAUAUCGAAGACGAAGGAACUGAGAUGGGAACCGUGAUUGUCUACGCCAAGAAGUUCAGGAGAAUGACGACCGAAGUGUGGGACCAUUUGAAGGCUCGCCUGCCGGCAUACGCAGUCCCUACGAUUUACAUCGUUCUCAACAAGCUUCCGUUGAACCCGAACGGCAAGGUUGAUAAGCCGAACCUUCCGUUCCCCGAUGUGGCAGAGCGCACUGAAGACGCGUCUGAGGAGGACUUGAAGAACUGGGAGUCUCUUACAGAGACUGAACGGACAGUAGCCCAGAAAUGGGCUGAUCUCAUUCGCGGUUUCAACCCGAAGACGAUCAGACGCGACAAUGGCUUCUUCGACCUGGGCGGACACAGUCUUCUCGCACAGCAGUUCUUGUUGAACGUCCGAAAGGAGAUGGGCGCGGAGGUGUCUAUUAACAGUCUCUACAAGUUCCCUACCCUGUCUCAGUUCAGUGCCGAGGUGGACAAGAAGAUUGAAGAGGCUCGCAGCGGCAAAGUCGCAGCGGCCGAAGAGACCGACCUUGCUUACUCUAGGUCCCUGGAGGAGCUGAUAAACAACUUGCCCGCCAAAUUCCAGACCGCAGAUCCACAAGCACUUGCUGAUUCGGAGAACAUUACAGUCUUCCUCACAGGAGCUACUGGUUUCUUGGGCUCCUACCUAGUCAAGGAUAUUCUCACGCGUACACGCCGCAGCGUCAAGCUCGUCGCACACGUACGAGGUGCUAAGGAUUUGGCAGGUGCUCUUGAUCGUCUGCAGCGCUCGCUUCGCGGCUACGGCCUGUGGAGGGAUGAGUGGGCGUCGAGGCUCAGCUGCGUUGUCGGUGACCUCGCCCAGCCCCAGCUUGGCAUUGAUGAUGCAUCCUGGAAGACUCUAGCAGAUGAGGUCGAUGUCGUUAUCCACAACGGUGCCACUGUCCACUGGGUGAAGAGAUACCAAGAUAUGAUGGCUGCGAAUGUCAUCUCGACCGUUGAUGCGCUGAGGCUCUGCAACGAAGGCAAGCCCAAGCAGUUCUCCUUCGUCAGCUCCACCAGUGUUCUCGACACGGAUACCUACAUCAAGCUCUCCGACGAUAUGACCCGCACAGGCCAAGGGGCCAUACUUGAGUCCGAUGACAUGAUGGGCAGCAAGACUGGCCUGGGCACCGGAUACGGACAAACGAAGUGGGUGUCUGAGCAGCUUGUCCGCGAGGCAGGAAAGCGCGGUCUUUCCGGCUCUGUUGUCCGCCCAGGUUACAUCCUGGGUGACUCCGAGACUGGUGUCUGCAACAUCGAUGAUUUCCUGGUGCGUAUGCUCAAGGGCUGCAUUCAGCUGUCCGCACGUCCUCACAUCAUCAACACCGUCAACGCCGUGCCCGUCAACCACGUCGCGCGCGUCGUCGUUGCUGCCGCAUUCAACCCCGUACCAAACGGCGUCCACGUCGUCCAUGUCACGGCUCACCCCCGCCUACGCAUGAGCGAGUACCUCUCCAUCCUCGAGUACUACGGCUACAAGACCCCCGAGGUCAGCUACGCGGAAUGGAAGUCGGAGCUCGAGAAGUUCGUGUCCGCCGGCACGCUGGAGAAGGAUCUCGAGCAACACGCGCUAAUGCCGCUGUACCAUUUCUGCAUGGAUGACCUGCCAGCCACGACUAGGGCGCCGGAGCUGGACGAUCGGAAUGCAGUUGCUGUGCUGAAGGCUGACGCGGACCGCUGGACUGGUGUGGAUGAGGGUGUUGGAUAUGGUAUCGGGAGAGAGGAUAUUGGACGGUUCUUGAGGUAUUUGGCUAUGAUUAAGUUUAUUAGCGAGCCGUCGGAGAGGGGCAGGCCGUUGCCGGAGAUCGGGGUCGAUGCCGCGCAGAUUGGCGAGAUUGGAGGACGUGGUGGAGCGGCUUAG